CGAGCCCCGCCGAGCGCUGCCGGCGCCGCCGCCGCCCGGCGAUGCCAGCGGCCCCCGGCCGCAGCGGGCCGCGGACGCGGCGCUGAUCCGGCGGAGCGGGCGGACGGCGGCCAUGGGCAGCGGCGGCCCCGGCCCGCACGGACGGCACCGGCAGAUGCGCUGAUGUCUGCCCCGUGCAAAGACCUGACCCACCCGAGGUUGGCAGACGCGCAGGUGUUAGCGUGAAACCCCAGUAAGAGAAUGAGUGAGAGAGACAUACAAAGCCUGAGCAAAUGGGUUUUCGUGCUCACUCUCUGCCUUACCACGCUGUGGGGAAGACUGACGCUGGCCUCCACCCAUCACCGAAGCCAUUCAGCGCACGUAGAGCCCGGCACGUGCGAAGUCAUUGCAGCUCACAGGUGCUGCAAUAAGAACAAGAUCGAGGAGCGCUCCCAGACGGUGAAAUGCUCCUGCUUCCCGGGGCAGGUGGCAGGGACAACGCGGGCGGCUCCCUCCUGCGUGGACGCCUCCAUCGUGCUGCAGAAGUGGUGGUGCCAGAUGGAGCCCUGCCUCGACGGGGAGGAGUGCAAGGUGCUGCCCGACCUCUCGGGCUGGAGCUGCAGUAGCGGCAACAAAGUGAAGACGACCAAGGUCACACGAUAACCUCCGUGCGACUCGGCGGCACGGACCAGCCUCCGUGCGGGUCCCCGGUGCUCUGCAGAGCCGUGAGCAGCAGGAUGUGGCCCGGGUGAUGCCUGCAGAGUCGGGAUGCUCCGGGGCUGCUGUCCUGUGUCUGCUGGUGGGACCGUGCCAGGUACCGGAUCAGAGCAUCUGCUGAGCGCUGGCUUCCUCGGAGGCUGCAAGUAUGGGACCCCGGCACUGCUGCAAGACUCCUGUCACUCCCCGGUCCCCUCCUGCCCCGUGGACACACUCACUGACCAAGAAACGGGCUCAUUUUCCCAUCCUCUUAAAUAAAAUACUCCAAUCACGUAAGAGCUGUUGACAAUACAGAGACAGACAGACAGCGAUCCUCCAAAAAGGGGCUUUAUUCCGAAAUAGCUGAAAUUAUUGCUGUGAGUCGCCUUUCCCCAUCUCCCAAGAUGUUGAAUCAGGGUCGCCGUCAGGAAUUGGGAAGUCAAUGGUUGUGUGAACCCUCCGGUUUGGCUCACGGCUCCUGGCCCGGUGGGUUCCCAGGAGUGGGCGCUGAGCUCCGGGCCUGAUCUGGAGUCGCCGGGGGGCUGCUCCGGCCCCGGAGCGUUGUGCUUUCCCUGCCCCACCACCCGGCUGCUGUGACCAUGUGUGGCCGACGCGGUGGCGUGGCCGGGGUGUCUGACACCCCCGUCAGUCCCCAGAGAUGGGGAAAUGUCUCCAUGGAGCAUGCUGCUGGUUUCUCCUUCCUCAGUAGUUGCAUUAAUCAAGCUGCGAGUUUAAUAUCUGUUCUCUACUGUGCAAGUCCCAGGCACCAAGUUACUGCUUGUGUUUGCAAUCGAAUUUCAGAAUAACGUGUGGGGGAAGCCCUCUUUUGCCUGCGGGCCUGCUGUGCCUGACACUGUGCAGAUGCCCAGCCAGAGACCCAGAUCGAGCCAGGUUUUGUUGUAUUCGUUCCAAAUAAAGAAAAAUGUACCAUCUCCUGGCCCUGAGCUCGUGACCUUCUCCAGGAUGCACCGUUUCCCCUGGCUGGGCAGCUCAAGGGGGAGAGGAUGGGAGCCCCGAGGUCCCGGUGUCGGCGGGGCUGGGGACACCGGGGCUGCCGCACUCGCGGGGCCAACGGCACGUGGCCUGAGCAGGAGCAUCGCUGCGGGGAGCGGGGCCAACGCCUCCCCGGGCACCCCAGCUCCGUGACCCGCACAGGGAGACGUGCCGGCUCAGGCGGGGCGGGAGGCUGGAGCCCGUGCUCCGGCUGCCACCGGCAGGACUCGUUAUUUAAACGUUUUUGUAAUGGGGUACGUCAUACCUGCUCCAGAUGUGAUGUAAAUACCAGACUGUGAAAUAAUAAAUUCAUUUUAAUCUCUGCAAAGGAUCUUUUCAUUCAGCAGCGAAGGAAGGCUUCGGGAGUGCUGCUCUUGCCCACCAGAUCCGAGGCGGAGGGGCUGGCGGCUCUGCCCUGGCCGUUCUAAUCCCAACCAGCUCGCGCAAUGGCGGCCGCUCUCAUUACUCCUGCAACUGUCUAAUUCUCUGGCUCAAUAAAAUCUUUUGGCUGAGACUUUACGCUCUCUAAUUACACGUUGCAUUAUAAAGGCAUACUCUUUCGUUUAGCCAAACCGCAGAGGAACAGUUCAGGUGAUGCUCAACGGGCUGAUUUUCGUCUCGAUUUCACUGACUUUGCCGCAGGGAUGUGUCUGCCCGUGUCUCUCCGUUUCCACACGCCGAGAUCUGAUCGGUGGCAACCUUCUCCGGUGGGCAGGUAGCCGUGCCUCGGGGCCGUGGCUGCUGAUGUGCUGCCGGUGUGGGCACGGCGUUUGUCCCGUCGUGGCCCCUGCGUGGCUCGGCUGCUGGGUUACCCGGCAAAGGGCUUUCAUUUUUUGUAAAGUGUUUGGAUACGCUUUUUGUUACUACCCGUUGCACUGGCUGGAAUGGUUUGAGGAGCAGCAGCGGGCAAAGCCCAGCAGAGGAGGAGCCGGCAGCUGCCUGCGGCUGCCUGCGCGCCCGUGGCCGUCGAGCUCUCCCGACGUCGGGACAUCGCUGAUGGAACAGCCCCGGCUGCGUGGUGGCUUUCUGUCCUGGGGCUGGCACAGCUGAAUGACCAAAAAUACCCUUGAAAUGGCUUUCCUCCAUCAAAGGAGUGAGACGAGCCGGGGCCCCGAGUUAUCCGGAGAAGGGAUGCACAGCAGGAGCCUCCUUCCCUGGGGAGAAAAGACUAAGAUGGACAAAAGAUACAGGAAAAAAACCACCGUCAGCUUUCUGUACCUCUCCUGAUGCAGAGCUAUAUCUGGGGGGACAUCUUAGGAGUUAAAAGCAGCAAAUGGAGAAAAAAAAUAACAAAUUCAGAGUAAUUGGCAAGAGAUUGCUCAGCA